AUGAGAAUAUGGUGGGUGAUAUUUUGCAUGAUAAUAUCAUGGGUAUUUAUUCACAGAUGGAGCCAGAAGAAGAAGAAAGGUCCAAAGACAUGGCCUCUGGUAGGAGCAGCAAUAGAACAACUCAUCAACUAUGAUCGAAUGCAUGAUUGGCUUGUUAAUUAUUUGUCUCAUUCAACAAGUGUUGUAGUUCCAAUGCCAUUCACAACAUAUACUUACAUUGCUCAUCCUGCAAAUGUGGAACAUGUUCUUAAAACAAAUUUUGCUAAUUACCCCAAGGGUACAACUUAUCAUUCAUAUAUGGAGGUGCUGUUAGGAGAUGGGAUUUUUAAUGUAGAUGGAGAGCUUUGGAGAAAACAAAGAAAAACUGCUAGUUUUGAGUUUGCAUCCAAGAAUUUGAGAGAUUUCAGUACUAUUGUUUUUGGAGAUUACAGCUUCAAACUCUGUCAAAUUCUAAUUCAAGCAUCUUUUCAAGAUCAACAAGUAGACAUGCAGGAAUUGUUGAUGAGGAUGACUCUAGACUCCAUAUGUAAGGUGGGAUUUGGUGUAGAGAUUGGAACUCUGGCUCCGAAUUUACCAGAAAAUAGUUUUGCUCAGGCAUUUGACACUGCAAACAUUGUUGUCACACUUCGCUUCAUUGAUCCUCUUUGGAAGCUAAAGAAAUUUCUUAAUGUGGGUUCAGAAGCUUUACUUGAAAAGAGCAUUAAAGUGAUUGAUGAUUUCACUUACUCCGUCAUAAAAAGAAGAAAAGCUGAGAUACAAGAGGCGCGAGAUACAUGUAAUGACAAGAUAAAGCAUGAUAUUCUGUCAAGAUUUAUUGAAUUAAGCCAACGCCCAGAAAACAAUUUAGGUGAAAAAAGCCUCAGAGAUAUUGUCCUCAACUUUGUGAUUGCUGGGAGGGACACAACUGCAACAACUCUUACGUGGGCAAUCUACAUGAUAAUAAUGCAUGAUCAUGUAGCUGAAAAGCUUUACUCGGAGCUCAUAGCUCUUGAACAAGAACAAAUAAAUGAAGGGCAGGUGCCACUGGUUGACUAUGACAAAGAGGAUAUUGAAUCGUUCACCCAGAGGGCAACACAAUUUGCAGGACUCUUGAACUAUGAUUCACUUGGUAAACUGCAAUAUUUGCAUGCUGUGAUCACGGAAACACUCCGUUUGUAUCCUGCAGUGCCUCAGGACCCUAAGGGAAUCUUGGAGGAUGAUGUUUUACCAGAUGGAACCAAAGUAAAAGCAGGAGGAAUGGUUACUUAUGUUCCCUACUCAAUGGGUAGGAUGGAAUACAAUUGGGGUCCUGAUGCAGCUUCAUUCAAUCCUGACAGAUGGCUCAAAGAUGGUGUCUUCCAAAACGCAUCUCCCUUCAAGUUCACUGCUUUUCAAGCCGGACCAAGGAUAUGCCUCGGAAAGGAUUCUGCGUAUCUCCAGAUGAAGAUGACUCUAGCUAUUUUGUGUAGAUUCUUCAAAUUCAAUUUGGUACCAGGUCAUACAGUGAAGUAUAGGAUGAUGACAAUACUAUCAAUGGCUCAUGGGCUGAAGCUCACAAUCACCAGACGUGGUUAGAUGCUUAUGGUGUUCGAUGGUAUAAGUAUAGAUCAUUAACAGUUGCUGGCUCUUGUCUUAGGUGUAACCAACUGACUACAUCCAUCCCCUGGCUAUAAUCCUUGUUAAUAAACUGAUUUGUGUGAUUUAUCUACAUGUUUACCUAUCCCUAACCAAUAAGUGGUCCAUGUGGAGAGGAG